CUUCAGACAUGUGACGUCUGCUAUUACGAACCAUAGAGGAGCUAGGAAACGCAUAGAUGUAAACAGCUAGCUCGAAAUUUUAGAAAAAUGCGAAUAGAAAAGUGCUACUUUUGUUCGGGGCCUGUUUACCCCGGGCAUGGGAUGAUGUUUGUACGUAAUGACUGCAAGGUGUUCCGAUUCUGCAAGUCAAAGUGCCACAAAAACUUCAAGAAGAAGCGUAACCCAAGAAAGACCAGAUGGACGAAGGCAUUCAGAAAAGCUUCUGGGAAGGAGUUGACAGUUGACAACUCAUUGGAGUUUGAGAAGCGCAGAAAUAUUCCAGUCAAAUACAGAAGGGAGCUGUGGGGCAAGACAGUGGAGGCGAUGAAGAAGGUGGAAGAGAUCAAACAGAAACGACAGGCAAAGUUUAUCAUGAACCGGCUGAAGAAGGGCAAACAGUUGGAGAAGGAAGAGGCCAUAAGCGAAGUGAAGAAGAAUAUUCACCUUAUCAAAGCACCUCAUGCAGGCAAAGCCAAACCGCUGGAAGAGAAGAUGGUGCAGAAGCUGGCAGAAGACGUGGAAAUGGGGGAUGAUGGUUAAUCUGUUGCUUUCGAUGUGGUUGGCUUCAACAACUCAUUUCUGUGUGCUGUGUUUUUGUCUUUGAGAUUUAACUGUUCCGAAUGCAAGUCUUCAAUCAUACUGUGUAUAAUACAGAGGACAUAUGUGUUUUUAAAGACGUUGUAAUAAAUAAAAUAUAAGGAGCUGAUGCGCAGAAGUAAAAUUAAUGUAUCCUCCCAAAUGAACGUUCAAAACAAUAUAAAAAUUGAUAUUAAAUAUUAAUAAAACCAUGAUUGGUGAAA